AGAGGGCCAGGGCCAGGUCUGAAGUAGCAUCUGCUGCAGUGCAACCAUGGAGGAGGUUCUAGAGCCAUUCUUCAUUUUUGUAGGGCUGCUGGUGUGCCUGGUCUGCCUGGUGAAGUGUCUGAGAUUCUCCAGAUGUGUUUUACUGAACUUCUGGAAGGUUAGACCAACACCUUUCUUGCGAUCAAUGGGCCAGUGGGCAGUGAUCACUGGAGCAGGAGAUGGAAUUGGGAAAGCAUACUCAUUCGAGCUGGCUAAACACGGCGUCAAUGUUGUGCUUAUCAGCCGGACUCUAGAAAAACUACAGGCCAUUGCCACAGAGAUUGAGUGUACUACAGGGAGCAGUGUGAAGAUUAUACAAGUGGAUUUUACCAAAGAUGGCAUCUAUGAAUAUAUUAAAGACAAACUUAAGGGCUUAGAAAUUGGAAUUUUAGUUAACAAUGUUGGAAUGCUUCCAGACCUUUUCCCGCGCUAUUUCCUUAAUACACCUGAUGAAAUGCAGAGCCUCAUCCAUUGUAACAUCACCUCGGUGGUCAAGAUGACACAGCUAGUUCUGACACAGAUGGAAUCAAGGCGGAGAGGUCUCAUCCUCAACAUUUCCUCUGGGAUAGCCCUCUUUCCUUGGCCACUGUACACCUUGUACUCGGCUUCCAAGGCUUUUAUGUGCAUGUUUUCCAAGGCGCUGCAAGUGGAGUAUAAAGAGAAAGGAAUCAUCAUCCAGGUGCUGACCCCAUAUGCUGUUUCGACCGCAAUGACGAAGCAUCUAAAAACCAAUUUGAUAACCAAGACUGCUGAUGAGUUUGUUAAAGAAUCACUGAACUACAUCACGAUUGGAGAUGAAACCUGUGGCUGCCUUGCCCAUGAAAUCUUGGCGUGCUUUCUGAGCCUGAUCCCCUCCUGGGUCUUCUACAGCACUACCUUCCAAAGGCUGCUCCUGACCCGCUACACCGAUUACCUGAAGCAGAACUCCAAGGCCAGGUAGCUGUGUUUCCUGGCCACACGUGGAAUCCAAUGUGGCUUUU